AUGGCAAAAUGUUUUAAUGUAUAUUAAUGUUCAAAUGUAAAAAAAAAAAUUGUUAUUAUUAUUUUUUUAGUAAACCGUGUAUUUAUAUUAUAAAGGCUAUAUUUUUGUUGUGUCUGUAUUUUACUUGUCUUGUAUGUUAUAUUUGGUGUUUUGAAUUUAUAUGUCGUUUUUGUGGUUCGCAUUUUAAUAAAGAGUUAUAUUUACAGAUCAUUUUUUUUGUGUGAUUGACUUUUGUGUACAUAUUUAUAUAUUUUUUAAUAGUUUUAUUAUAGUUUUUGGAGUGAACAUACAUUUAAAUGUCAUCAUUUUAGAGUAGGCCUAUUAAUGUUUUAUGAUGCUGUUAGUUUAAAUUUAGAUUUAAUGUGUAGGGGUAUUGUUUCGGAAAUUUCAUAGUAAGAAUAAUUUGUUUCUAAUAACUUCUAGAUACAUUUUCUUGUAAUUGUUUACAAAUAUUUUGUAUGUUUUGUAAGUUUUUAAUAUAUGAUACGUAUUGUAAACAACCGUUUUGGGUUGGUUUAGGCUAUGUAAUGGGCGUUUUUUCGUCUAUAAUGUAGAUACUAAUAAUAUGUAGGACCAUAACAAGCCUAUAUUUAUAAAUCAUAUAAAUGGUAUAAUACGAUUUUUUUUUUAUAAUAAGAGAAAAAAAAUUCUAAAUAUAUACGACUGUCAAUGUUUUUUUUUUUUUUCCGGUGAUGAGUGUUGUCGUAUUUCCGUGCAACUUCCGUUGUUUUCAGUUAAGGUGGUUUGCUAUUGGCUUUGAAGUGAUAUUUGAGUUAAAUUAUUUGGUUUAAUUUUGUAAGUUUUUCUUUUUAAUAAUGUUCAGCUAAUAAACUUUAUAAUAGACUACAAUGUUGUUAUAAACUUUAGUGUAAAAUGCGGAAAAGAGAGCUGUUGAGAUAAAAUCACAAGACGAUGCAGGUCGUAUGACAGUACAACCUUUUUUAACGAUUAUAAAUAUAAUAGUCUAUUUACGCUAAUGUUGAAUUAUUGCAAAGUCUAGUUUUAUUAUUGUCUUUAGGCGCAUUAAUAUGUUGGUGUUGCUUAUGUAAGAUGGUAUGGAUAUUGUUAAUGUAAUAUUGUGUUUGUUUGAUUUUUGACCUUUUGUUGUUUGUAAAAUGUUAUUUGCUUAAAUGCAUACGUUAAUGUUCAUUAAUUAGUUUUUUUAGAGUGUUUUAGGGUUUCCCUGUUUUAUGUGUUUGGGCUUGUUUGACGUUAGGCGUAGUGUAAUAUUAGUGAGGUAAAAUGCUUAAUGUGCUUUUGUUGAGUAAUUAGUGAGUUAUUACUUUGAUUUGUAUAUUUCAAAAAUGUUUUGUAACAGUUAGAGAUAUUGAUUUCUAAUUUUGUCAUAUUAUUGCUCAGACAGAUCUAUUUCAGGGUUUUUCUUGUCUAAGUGUGUGGAUUGUGAAAAGUUAGAGCAAUGGUGUCAUCAGUUGAUCUGUUUUAACUAUAUAAAAACUGUUGAGGGUCCAUGGGGUUUCAGUUUGGCAAGAAGGAACAGAUGUGGUCUUUAAUGAGCAACUUCAAAUAAUUCAGUAUGAUAGAGGUUAGUGGUACAGGUUGGUAGUUAUUCAGGCAGGUAACUACAGACUUUCAGGACAGGGAUGAUGGUGGUUUUCUUAAAGCAUGUGGGAAUCACUGAUAGUCUAAGGAAGAGGUUGAAAAUUUCUGUAAACACCUUUGUUUGCUGGUUGGCACAUGAUUUGAGGACAUGGCCAUGAACACCAUUAGGACCAGCUGCUUUGUGGGGGUUGAGUUUUGUAAGUGAUUUGGUUAAGUCAGGUAAGGACAAGAUAAAAGAACAGGUAUUAUUGUGUACUUUAUUGUCAUUGCAUUUUUGUACAAUGAGAUUCAAUUUACAACUGUAAACAAUACAUAUAAGAAAGAGAAAUAUAUCAACAGUACAUCACAGGAAAAACUAUGUGUAUAUAUGUACUGCACAUAUGUAAAUAUUGUACAGUAAUAUUAUGUUUGAAAAUAAAUCCUUUAUAUAAUUUAUGCAUUUAGAUCUUUAAUUGCACUUGGAUAAAACUGUUCUUUAUUUUGGAGGUGUGAGCCUGAAAAACCAUAUAAUGCCUCCCAGAAGGUAGCAAUGUGAUUCUGUGUGCCACAUGACAAAAACUUCUGGCUGUAUAUAUGUCGGACAGUCAAGGAAGCUGUGUUUUUUUUAACAUGGUAAUGAUUAUCUGUUUGCAGUUUCACUUCAGGGAAAUUGCUGCUAUCUCAAAUUAUUUCUAGAUGUUAUUCAACUGAUCUGGCAGUGAGGCAGACAGAUCCAUGUAAGUUUUUCCAUUCUUUUUUUCCACUGUGGUACAUGACUGAGUUUAAGCUGUUGCACAAGAAGAUGAGAUUAAAUUUUUGAAAGUGUUUUUACCAUCUUGUCUUUAUAGGCUUGUUUUUGCAGACUUAAUUGCUGUAUGAAGGUCAUAUCUGGGCAUUCUUUAUAUCUUAGGGUCAUCUGAAUUGUAGGCUGAAGUACAAUCUUUGAGUUUGGCCCUAACAUCAGAAGGCUUGACAUAUUGCCUUUAUAAAGAUGAUAAACAUAUGAAGUCUUGCUACACGAAAACACCAGUUCUGGUUUUAAUAUCAUCAUACUCAGCAGACAGUUUUCCAAGAUGUUUGACCUAGGUCUCCAGCACAAGCUAUCCUUGUGCAUGCAACAUUUAUAAACAACAAAACCAUAAUCAUUCACGAUGGUCUCUCAUUGCUUUUUCGCUUAUGUCAGUCAGCACAGGAGUUCUAGAAGGCUGUGAUGAGGACUUUCAUGCAAAUGAUCGCAUACAUAUCAACAAUAGCAAUCAGAGAUGAGAACUCAGGAACAUAAAUCUGUCACAGCAAUUUCUGGAAUCUUUCUAUCAUCGCUCCAUUGACAGUGCUCUGACAUACAAGAUACUACUAUUAUACAAUAACAGCUCAGAUUGUGUCAUUUUUAAUUUCAAAAUGCAUUUUACAUGUUCUGUAUUGUAAUGAAUGAAUGAAUUUAUGAUUUUUUUUGUUCUUUAUACUUUGUAACACAAAUUUUGUUUAUUUUGUAUCUUAAAAUAUUAUUUUUGUAAUCAAUAUCAGUUUUGUUUUAAAAACUUUUAUUUACAGAAAGAGUUUAUCAGUUUCAUAUAUAGACAUACUUGAAACUGCAGAUAUAAAUGAAUGAAUAAAUAAAUUCAUGAGUGAGUAUAUGGAUGAAUGAAAACAGUGGCUAUAUGUUCUAUUCAUAGGGCCAGGAUUUUAGUAUUGUUUGAAAUAUCUAGGUUUUUGCUGUUUGCACUGUGCAGGUUGAUCGUUGUGUGGCAUUUACAAGAGAAGAGUAGAUGGUUCCUUAUGGUUUGGAUUCUUUUUCACACCUACUUUGGUGUCUUUUUUUAUUCAAUGUGAAAGAACACUUCAAGUUAAACAAAUUAAGAUAUAUGUGUGCAUAUUUGCAUCACUUUUUAGAUUUCACCUUGUUAUGUGAAGACCAAUAUUUGUAUGUUAUUGUUCAAACUCCUUUGGAUAUAUUAAAUAUUAAAAUACUGGACAGGAGUUGAGCAGUAUGAAUGGUGUGUACUGUAUGGCCACGUUAUAAAUUAAUUGAUGUUUAUUUGUAAUUUCUGCAUAUUUUGCAGUUUUACUUUUUAUUUACAUGAGUUUUGGAUUUUUGGAUAUACUUCAAAACAUUUUCUGACCGUAAUGUAUAGAAAAACUGAAAUGAAAUGAAUGGAUGAUUUCUUUAUUUGUUUGUCUUAUUUUUAUUUGAUGUAUUUCUGUAAUGUCAAAUGUUUCCAAAAUUUCAGAUUUGUCUUUAAUAUUCUUUUGAUAAUACUUUAUAUAGCAUAUCUUUAUAUAUACAAACAAUUUAAACUGAAUGUAUAUUUCUUUAAAAUUAUUUUCUUUUUUUCUAAUGCUAUUUUCAUACAGUAUAUUCUAAAAUGUAUUUUAUUAUUUUGUCAUGUAUUGUAUUUGUUAUACUUAACAUUUUUUUAUUUGUAUGAGUGCCUUAAGUUCUGCCUUAAAUGUACAUAGACAAGGAUAAUGUAAUGAAAUAAAUAUUUUUAAUAAUGUUGUUUUAACUGUUUUUCUAUCAUGAACUUUGAAUUUAAAUGAUUGUAGAAAUACAUUUUCCUAAUUCCUUCAUAAUUAUCCUAAUUAUAUCUUCAUAAGUUCAUAAACUCAGUAACAUACAAUCACACUUUUAGAAAUUUGAAAUGUAUGGCUUACACACACAGUAAUGAAAAGAUUGAUCUAUUUUAAGUAGUUUAAUUUUAAGAUUUAUAGACUUUCUAUAUAUAUAUUAGAGAAUUGUAAUGCACCAAUUUAACUGAUUUUAAGUUAAAAACAUAACACCAAGAACUUUACAUGGAUGCUGAUGGGGUCAAGACUGAUGCAAAGUGUAGGUAUGACAGUAAAUCACAUUCAUUAUGGAGAAAACACUUGGGAUAGACACAGACAUGAAUAGGUUAAUAAUAUUGAAUACAGUGUAAGGUUGUAGACAAAUAUAAAUGCAUACACAUUUAGAUACAAAUAUUUUUAAUAAAUGAUAAGUAUUUUGCUAUGUAUACAAGGUAAUAUGGAUCCAAAAUCAAACCCUGUAAAAAACAAAAAGAACCGUUUUAUUCAUCUGAAAUAUUUUUAUUAUUACUUAAAAUUUAAUGAUAGGCAACAAAAUGCUUAUUGCAAGUCUUGUCUUUGUACCAUAAUUUAAAGAUUUAUCAGUAAUUAUAACGUGUUUUUUUAUUACUCCAUCCACUAGAGGCAGUGUGAUUUACAGGUCAGACAGUACGUCUUCCUGUUUUGCCCGCAAAGAGCCAUUUUGUCGACCUGUGGAAGAAGCUUUGUGUUGAAGAAGAAUUGCAGAAACGUGAUUUGAGAUGCCUCGGACGAAGCACUCUCAGCGCUGCCAGGCAGCAAAGAAGAGAAUGGCAGACCGGAGAACAGAGGGUCUGCCGCCUCUUAAAAAACCGGCAGAAAUAUCUGAACAUUGUGUCCAUCACAAUGUGCAUAAAAAAACUGAUCUUGACUAUUUUCUGAAAGCAAAUGAACUUGAGAAUUUCCUGAAAAAGACUGAUCUUGACACUUUUCUGAAAGCAAAUGAACUUGAGAAUUUCCUGAAAAAGACUGAUCUUGACAAUUUUCUGAAAGCAAAUGAUCUUGAGAAUUUCCUGAAAAAAACUGAUUUUGACAAUUUUCACAAAGAACCUACCAUUGACAAUUUUCACAAAGAAUCUGCCAUUGACAAUUUUCACAAAGUACCUGCCAUUGACAAUUUUCGCAAAGAACCUGCCAUUGACAAUUUACCUGAAAAUGAUCUCGAAAAGCCUUUGAAAAGUCUGAAAAACAAGAAAGCAUUCUCUGAAACUCUACCUCAAUCUUCAUCUAUGCCUCAGUCUUCCUCUCUGCCUCUCUCUACUACUAAAAAUACUAAGAUGACUGUGAAUGAUGUCUCUGCUCUAUCUCCACAGACUUCUUACAUCAGUGGUUCUUUCCAUCAAGGAGAUUACCGUUUUGGUCGGAAUAGGGGAAGUCAAUGUGGUGCAAACUGUUUAACUGCAAUUAUGAUGAGUAAGAUGAAAAAUGUUUUGCAGUGGACGAGAAGUGACCUGAAUGCUGUUCUGAUCCAUGGAGAUGACCUGUACAGUGCCAUGAGAGACGCAGGGAAAAUCAACGAUCCUGAAUCAGGCUUCAUAGCUGUUCAUGAGCUACCAGACACACACACACUUAAAGAUAGUCGGUUUUCAAUAAACUAUGGUGAAGCAUUGACUGGCUUGUUUGGUGUCAAUAAAUAUGAUGGAGAACUACAGGGGUAUGCGAUGUCAUUUGAUGAAGCAGUAAAUCGAGCAUUCCAGAGGUUUGAUACUGUUUUAGUGAAUAUUAAGCUAACCAUAUGUGCAGCUGUCAGAGAAGGUUCCUGGUAUGCAGUGAUUGAUCCACAUUCAAGACGAGGUGAUGGCAGAUGUGUAGCUGACGGUAAGAGUGUAGUGGUUUACCAUCGUAACUUGCACUCGCUGAUUGUUCAUUUCCGGAAACUUGCUGCGUCUAUAAAUGCACGUUACCAGGAGUUUGAGGUAACGGGGGUCAAAGCAGUUAUGACUGGCAGAAAACGGCCAUUCUGGCAAGUGAUCGAGAACGCUGGUCCAGCAGAAAAUGAGCGUGAAGGUGAGAAGUCGGACGUGGAAGUUGAUGUUGGGUGCAGUCGAUUUCUGAAUGAUUUCAUGGACAAAACAUCUGUGAAAGAAACGUGUGCACAACAGCGAACAAAAACGCAAUACUCAAGUAAUGAAAAUGCAGGUGAUGUUACAUUCCUUUCACAAACUGCUAAUGUUUCUGUACGGUUUAGUCCAUUAACAUUUGAGCAACAAAAGGGUGUUUGCUUAAAGUUAAACAUUGCAAACAUUGUAAAACAACAAAACGAUCCAACUGAGACUGUUGAAGUGGUUGAGCCUUGUGAAACGAACAAGACUGUUGCAGAUGGAAACUCUUUUUUUAGAGCAUUAGCCUUUGCUGUAAGUGGAUCAGAACGAGAACACCGCAAAGUGAGACGGGCUGUAGUUACACACAUUCUGCAGAAUGAAGAAAAGUACGUACAGUAUCUCAAACAAGGAUACAGCUCUGUACCAGACUACAUUGCCAAAACAAGAAUAAAAUUCGUUGGAAAUCUGGCAACAGAGAUGGAAAUACAAGCAGCCAGUGAUUUAAUUGGCACAGACAUAUUUACAUACAGUCGAGAGAAAUGGUUUAGAUUUUCAUCUUCAAAUGCUUCCUUUAAUGCACAUGGUUGUCAAGACGGUGGCAUAUAUUUGAAAUAUGAAAACAGCUGCCAUUAUGAAGUUGUUGUAUGUGGAAAGAGCAAGGAUGGUAACUGUGUAUUAUUUUGUAAAUCACCAUCUCAACAUUCACUGCCUGAUCUAGCAUCAAAUGUGUCUUUAAAGUCACUUGAGGAUUCUAGUGAGAAACUUGACUGCAGCAAUAGUACAGAGUUCAAAGAAGAAAAACAAAUGAAGGCAAAGAAAAGAUUACAUGAGGAUGAAGAAAAACAAAUGAAGGCAAAGAAAAGAUUACAUGAGGAUGAAACUUACAUUUCAAUUAUGAAAUCCAUCAAUAAAAAAUACAAGACAAAUGAACAGCAUAAAGGAAAAGUGAAGAAAAGUGUGAACAAAUACAAAUUAAAUGAUUUACACUGCAAAGCUGUGUCAGAAAUGGAAGCGGAUGUUGACUGCAGUCAAUCUUUGACUUGUGUCACAAACACAGAUAAGAUAUCUGGGAAUGAAACGUGUGUAGAACAGAAAACAGAAACGCCUUUAUACCCAACAAAAGAAAAUUCAAGUGAUGUUGAAUUUGUUUCAGAAACUGUAAAUGUUUCUUUACAGUUUAGUCCAUUGACAUUACAGCAACAAAAGAGUGUUUGCUUAAAGCUAAACAUCGUAAACAUCAUAAAAGAAGACAAUAAUCCAAAUGAGAUUAUUGAAAUGGCUGAACCUUGUGAAACAAAAACUAUUUUGGGUGAUGGUAAUUGCUUUUUUAGAGCAGUAGCUUUUGCUGUAAGUGGAAGUGAAGAAGAACACAGAAAAGUGAGACGGGCUGUAGUUACACACAUACUGCAAAAUGAAGAAAAGUAUGUACAGAAUCUCAGACGAGGAUACAGCUCUGUACCAGAGUACAUUGCCACAUCAAGAAUGAAAUAUGUUGGAACUUGGGCGACAGAGAUGGAAAUACAAGCAGCCAGUGAUUUAAUUGGUGUAGACAUUUUUACAUAUACUCGAGAGAAAUGGCUUAAAUAUAAAUCUUCAAACAUCUCCUCUAGACAGAGCUGUCAACACCAUGGGAUUUAUUUGAAGCAUGUGAAUAGCUGUCAUUAUGAAGUGGUUGUAUGUGUAAAAACCAACAACAAUACCUGUGCUUGCUUUUGUAAAGCAUUUUCUCAAGGUUCAGCCUAUAAUAUACAUUUAAAAGCUAGUUCAAAGGUACGUAAGCUUUAUAAGGAGAGACUGCGAUAUAGUCGUGAUCAUGAUUUUAAAGAAAAGAAAAAAAUGGAAACUAAGGAAAGAUAUGAUGAGAAUGAAACUUAUAAAGAGAAAAAAAUAAAAUGUAGUACUAAAAAGUACGAAGAAAACAAAUGGCAUCAGGAAAAAAUACGCAAAUACAGCACAGAUAAAUACAGACUGAAUGAUUUGCAUUGUGAGGCUGUAAAACAAUACAGCAUCCAAAAGUACCAUACAGACAAAGCACAUAAAGACACUGUCAAACAGUUGAGUAUUCAUAAGUAUAAUGAAAAUAUAGCACAUAGGGAGACUGUCAAAAAGAUGAGCAUUCAAAAAUAUAAUGAAAACACAGAACACAGAGAGUCGGUCAAAAAGAUGAGCAUUCAAAAAUAUAAUGAAGACACAGAACACAGAGAGUUGGUCAAAAAGAUGAGCAUUCAAAAAUAUAAUGAAGACACAGAACACAGAGAGUCGGUCAAAAAGAUGAGCAUUCAAAAAUAUAAUGAAAACACAGAACACAGAGAGUCGGUCAAAAAGAUGAGCAUUCAAAAAUAUAAUGAAGACACAGAACACAGAGAGUCGGUCAAAAAGAUGAGCAUUCAAAAAUAUAAUGAAGACACAGAACACAGAGAGUCGGUCAAAAAGAUGAGCAUUUUAAAGUAUAAUUCAAAUAAAACACACAAAGAGAUGGUUAUAAAUUACAAUGUUCAGAAAUAUAAAACUGAUUUUACUUUUGUUAAUAAUAUAAAAAUGAGAAAUGCUGAAAGACAAUAUAAAUCACAGCUAAAAAUGAAAGAGAUAGACUAUGUAAUUGAACAGUUUAAACAAAAAAUAUCUACAGGUCCUGAAUAUGUUUGUUCAGUAUGUCAUCGUUGCUGCUUUAAAAUGCAGGUAAAAAAGUGCAAUCAAAAUAAAUACCUUCAAAAAUCAAUCCAAGCUGGUUGUAUGGCAGAAAAAUGUAUUACACUGAAAUAUCUGCAUGACUGUAAUACAGAUUGUAGUGAAAACUGUGUCUAUAAGAACAGUCCUGCUGCGUCUUUAUGGAUUUGUCACACAUGUGAUACAAAAAUCUAUGAAGGUAAAAUGCCAGCUGAAAGUGUUGCAAAUAAUCUAAGUUUGGAUCCUAUUCCCACUGAACUGAGUUCUUUAAACUCUCUUGAGCAACAUCUAAUAGGAAUGAAUAUUCCAUUCAUGAAAAUGCUGGCUUUGCCACGAGGAGGACAGAAUGGAAUUUGUGGCCCUGUCGUGUGCAUUCCAUCUAAUGUUUCAGAAGUAGUGAAUGUUUUACCAAGAUCAGAAAAUGAUUUUAUGAUACCAAUAAAGCUUAAGAGAAAACUGACAUACAAAGGGCAUUAUGAGUAUAAAUUUGUGAAUAGUGAUAAAAUUAAAACAGCAUUGACAUAUUUAAAGGAGAAUAACAAAUGGUACACAGAUGUUGAGUUUAACAAGACUUGGAUUAAUCCUCUGGGUAAAAUAGAAGAGGAAAUGACUGAUAAAACCGAAAACAAUGAUAUGGAUUUGGACAACUGUGAGGAUGUGCGUAUUAACGAAGAGCAAAACAUUGACAAUGAUGAUAAUGAGAUGAGUGAUGAAACACUUCAUGAUCGACAGCAGCAUGGUUUGUUUAUGGAUUCAUGUUUGCAGCCAGUGGACAUUGCUCAAGAGGUUUUAGAUCAACACUUUGAUGGUAUUAUGUCACUUGCACCAGCAGAGGGCAAUAAUCCAGUGAGAAUGUUAAUGGAUGAAACUAAUGAAGCCAAAUGUUUUCCAGUUCUGUUCCCAAAAGGAAAAGGUACAUUUCAUGAUUCAAGACCUGAGAAAUUAACAUUGUCUAGGUAUUUAAACAACAGAAUUUUAAAUGCAGAUGGACGUUUUGCCCAAAACCUCGAUUACAUCUUUUAUGGACAAUAUUUGUCUGAGCUCAAUCAAAUUAUGUCUAAUGUAUCGAUUGCUUUGAGGAAAGGCUAUGAUUCAAACAACAAAAGAAAAAUUACCUCAGAAAUGCUGACAAACAAAGAUUCACUUCAAAUGAUUUUCAAUUAUGAUGAGGGUUACAAGUUUUUAAGGCCAGUGAGAGGAAGUCCUGUUUUUUGGCAAGCUGUUCAGAAGGAUUUGUUUGCAAUGGUGAGGCAACUUGGGAUCCCAACAUGGUUUUGCUCAUUUUCCUCAGCUGACUUGCGAUGGCCAGAAUUAUUGCAGUGUAUUGUCAAACAAGAGGGUUGUCAAACUCCUAUUGAUGAACUGGACUGGUCUGAUAGAUGUGGGAUGCUGAAACGAAACCCAGUAACUGCUGCCAGAAUGUUUGAUCAUCGAUUCCACUGUUUUCUGAAAGAUGUCAUUAUGUCACCAGCUCAACCCAUUGGAAAAAUAAUAGAUUAUUUCUAUCGAAUUGAAUUUCAACAACGUGGAUCACCUCACACACAUUGUCUGUUUUGGGUUGAGAAUGCACCACAAGUCGACAGAGAGGACGAUGAUGAAGUUGCAGCAUUUGUUGAUCGUUAUGUCACUUGUGAAAUGCCACCUGAAGAUGAAACAGAAAUGCAUGAAAUUGUGAGCACUGUCCAACAGCAUAGCAAAAGACAUGCAAAAACAUGUAGAAAGAAAGGCACUAUAUGUAGAUUUAACUUUCCACGUCCACCGAGCAAAAAUACUUUCAUUACAAGAAGCAGACAAACAGAUAAGAAUGAAAAAACAACAGAUGAUGGACAAUGUGAAAGUAAAGACAAAAGAGUAAACUAUUCUAAAGAGAUAUCAAAAGAAUUAGCUGAAUCCAUAAUGAAAAAAGUAAGAGAAUGUUUGCUGAACAGUGAUGCUGUCUUUGACUCUGUUGACUCUAUGUUUGCAUCUAUUGGUAUAAAUCAAGAGAUAUUUGAAUGCGCUUAUAACAAAAUGACAAAGAAAACAAAUGUUGUGCUAAAAAGGAAACCAAGUGAUGUAUGGGUAAAUCAGUAUAAUAAAGAUCUUUUGCGAUGCUGGAAUGCAAACAUGGACAUACAGUUUGUUGUUGAUGCUUACUCUUGCAUAGUGUAUAUAGUUUCCUACAUUUCCAAAGCAGAGAGAGAAAUGGGAUUGCUGCUGGCAAAUGCACAGAAAGAAGCACACAAGGAUGGCAAUAUGGAUGCAAAACAAGCUUUAAGAAAACUUGGAAGUGUUUUCCUCCACAAUAGAGAAGUGUCCGCCCAAGAGAGCGUUUAUCGUUUGACUAAUAUGAGAUUAAAAGAAGGAUCGAGGAAAGUGGUCUUUAUUCCAACUGGUAUAAAUACAGUUAAAAUGACUUUACCUUUAAAUAUCAUAAAUAAAAAGGCUGAAAAGGAAGAAAUAGACAAUGAUGAAAUAUGGAUGAAAAGCAUCACAGACAGAUACAGAGCUCGUCCAAAAACUCAAGAAUUUACAGGAAUGUGUUUAGCGUCCUUUGCAUCAGAAUACAGAGUUCUGUCCAAAUCUGAAAAGUCAUGCACAGACCGAGUAAAACUGGAAAAUGACAUGGGGUUUGUGAGAAAAAGAACUCGAACAGAUUUUGCAGUCGUACGAUAUGCUCGUUUUUCACCAACUAAAAAUCCUGAAAAUUAUUAUCAAAGUAUUUUGGAGUUAUUUUUGCCUCAUAUUUUGCAAAGUCAACUGAAACCACCAAAUUUCACUUCAUAUCAGGAGUUUUAUGAGACUGGAUUUGUCACAUUGUAUAAUGAUGAACUUGAGUCAGUGAAAAUCAUAGUGGACACAAACAGGUCAAAAUUUGAAAAAGAAGCAGACAGUAUACAAAAAGCUCAAGAUGACUUAGAACAACAUGGACCAAUGGAAGACGCUUGGGCCCAAAUCUGUCCAGAAGCAGAACUUGAGCGUUUAGAAUGUCUGGAUACUAGAAAAGAACAAGCAAUAGAAACAGAGGAAGGUGAUGAUGUCAUUCCCGAUCUACUACCAAAUGUUCAUGGUUUCACAUUAGAAAAGAAUCCUUGUGCUAUGACAAAGAAAGAUGCAAUGUGUUUGCUGCGUUCUUUGAAUGAGAAACAGUCACAAAUCUUUUAUAAAGUGCGGCAGUGGUGUCUAGCAAAAGUACAAGGUGAAAACCCAGAACCAUUUCAUGUGUUCAUAUCUGGGCCUGGAGGAGUUGGAAAGUCAGUUUUGAUUAAAGCUAUGUAUUAUGAAACCUCUCGCAUUCUAUCAAAGUUAUCAGAAAACCCAGAUGAGACUCAUGUGCUCUUAACAGCUCCGACCGGUGUCAGUGCGUUUCACAUAAAUGCAAAAACUAUACAUUCAACUUUCUCUAUUGGAACAAAUGCUACAUUGCCAUAUCAGCCACUUGGAGAUGAAAAAAUUAAUUCCUUGAGAGCAAAAUUUGGAAAACUGCAAAUAUUAAUAAUUGAUGAAAUUUCAAUGGUUGAUCAUAAACUUUUGGCAUAUAUUCAUGGCAGAUUGAGACAAAUCAAACAAACAGGAGAUUAUUCAGCAUUUGGAAAAGUCUCAGUAAUAGCAGUCGGAGAUUUUUAUCAACUUUCUCCCGUCAAAGGAAAACCACUUUAUACUGAACCAGUCAACAGUGUGAAUCUUUGGGAAACUCACUUUAGUGUUGUUGAACUAACAGAGAUCAUGAGGCAGAAGGACAAAGAAUUUGCUGAAUUACUAAGUCGUUUAAGACUACGUAAAAAGGAUGAACCAAUGCAUGAAGGAGAUGUUGCUAUGCUUAGAAAAUGUGAAACAGGUGAUGGUGAUGAUAGUACAGACAUCCACAUUUAUGCAACAAACAGUGAAGUUGAUGUACACAACAUACAUAUGCUGCAUAAAUUAUGCUCAGACACAGUUACUGUAAAAGCACAAGACUUUGAGAGAAAUGCUAAAACUGGCCGAAUGGAAGAAAAAGAUGGGCAUCAUUUCCGAGUUCAUAACAGCUGUUUAGAAAAAUCCCUUGAAUUAGCUAUUGAUGCUCGAAUAAUGCUUAUAAAAAAUAUUAAUGUUUCAGACGGUCUUGUGAAUGGAAUUUUUGGCACAAUUAAAGAAUUCUGUUACGAUGAUAAUGAAACAUUUCCCUCGAAAAUAUAUAUUGAAUUUGACAAAGAGCAAGUUGGUAAAGAAGCAAGAGCCAAACAUCCGUGUUUAAAACCUGGACUGGAGAAAGCAACACCAAUUGAACCUGAAGAAGAGAAAGUAACCAAUGAUGGUGGUGUCAGAAGGCAGUAUCCUAUCAGACUAGCUUGGGCUUGCACAGUUCAUAAAGUACAAGGCCUAACAGUGGACAAAGCUGUCAUUUCAAUGAAAAAGAUAUUUGCUGCAGGACAAGCGUAUGUAGCAUUAAGUCGAGUGACCUCUCUUGAUGGGCUCAUCAUUGAAGAUUUCAAAGAAAACGUUAUUUUUGCAAAAGAUAACAUUGAGCAAGCACUACAGAAUAUGCCUCCAUUCAUUCUUCCAUGUGAAACAACAGAAACUUUCACAUACAAAAUGAUGUUACAUAAUGUUGAAGGACUAAUCCCACAUAUAUUAGAUAUUCGCCAAGAUAACAGAUACUUUGAAGCAGAUAUGAUAUGUGUAACAGAGACAUGGUUGAAACCAAACAAUGUGGAGAAUGAAGUGUGUCUUGAUGGGUACUAUUUCCAUGGAAAAACACGUGGUGCUGCAUAUGACACAAGUGAGGAUGUUUUUGCUAAACUAAAAGAGGAAAAUCAUGGUGGUGUUGGAAUAUAUCACAAAGAAAAAGUCAAAGUUUCUCUAAUGGAUUUACCGUGCAUGAACAUGGAAUGUAUGAUGUGCAGAAUAGAACAUCUGGACACAACUGUGGCAGUUGUAUAUAGACCGCCAUCAUAUAACAUUGCCUUGUUUCAAGAGAAGUUGACUACCUUAGUUAAUGAAAUUAACUGCUUACCAGGUGGGAAAAUAAUUCUAGGAGAUUUCAAUGAAAACCUUUUCAAUCACUCAAGUAUUGAUCAUCUUAUGCAACAUUCUGGUUUCACACAAAUUGUUGAGAAACCAACAACUGAAAAUAAUACACUAAUUGAUCAUGUAUAUGUGAAAGACAUUGACUUGGAAAAAAUAAAGAUUGAUAUUAUGCCCACUUACUUCAGCUAUCAUGAUUGUGUUGUGCUGAAAUGGUUAGCAUAAUCAAAUCGUCCAACAAGAUGGGGGGAGGGGGGAUACAGAGGUGAAUUUUAAAUGUGGACGGCCUCUGUGGGAAAACAUACUGCCUUCACAUGCUAUCGGAAUCAUUGUGCACCAAACUACCUUUAAAUAA